UACUCAAAAACAAAGGUAUGGGUAUAAAAAUGCAGUGUUAAUAUUUUAAAAAGAAAACUUUAGAGGGAUAGUCAAAACGCAGUUUGCGAGCUUAAAUGUAAAAUAAUGGCGAAAUUAAUGCCCACCCCAUUCGCAAUCUUACCUUCUCCAUUCCCAACCUUAUCCCUGCUUUCCAUUUCUCCAUUUAUUUCCCGAUUUCGCCAGAAGCCGUCUGCCUUCACUGCCGGCUCUCGCUGUUCCACGCACCGGAAGCCGCCUUUCACGGACAUGUCUGUUACCAUUCCAGUCGCCGGUUCUCUCCGCCGGGAGAUUGCUGCCGAACCGUUGCUGGAUUCUCGAAAUCGUGCAGGGAAGAGUGAUGUGUUGGCAUCAGAUUUGGACCAAGAUACAAGCACAUCAAGUAAAGGUGGCCUUCACAAGAGCAAAUACUCUAUGACUUCCAUCAGCUGCUUUGGAGUUGACCUUACACCAGAUAACAUUGCAGUGGCUAUGGUCUAUUUUGUUCAGGGUGUCUUAGGACUUUCCAGGCUCGCUGUCAGUUUCUACUUGAAAGAUGACCUGCAUCUUGACCCUGCAGAGACAGCAGUUAUAUCUGGAUUUUCAUCAUUACCGUGGCUUGUAAAACCUUUAUAUGGGUUUAUCAGUGAUUAUUUCCCCCUUUUUGGAUACCGGAGAAGAUCUUAUCUGGUUCUAUCAGGGCUUCUUGGAGCACUCUCCUGGAGUCUGAUGUCCACCUUUGUUGACAGCAAGUAUGGCGCUGCUUUCUGCAUUCUUCUUGGAUCUCUUUCAGUUGCUUUCUCCGAUGUUCUAUGAUAUUAAAUUGAGGCAUGAUGUAGGUUGUUGAUUCAAUGGUAGUAGAGAGGGCACGAGGUGAGUCUCAAAGCAUGUCUGGAUCUCUCCAGUCAUUAUGUUGGGGUUCUUCGGCCUUUGGAGGAAUUGUCAGUGCAUACUUUAGUGGUUCCCUGGUGGAUGCCUAUGGUGUGAGGUUUGUUUUCGGCGUGACAGCAUUGUUGCCAUUAAUAACUUCUGCAGUAUCCAUUCUUGUGAAAGAGCAGCCUGUGCAUGGCCUACCCAGGGGUCAGAAUCUUUCUUUAGACAUUAGCUUCUUUGAGAGCUCAAAGAAGAACAUUAUUCAAUUGUGGGGAGCUGUUAAAGAGCCCAAUGUUUUUCUACCAACCAUAUUUAUAUUUCUAUGGCAGGCAACUCCACAGUCUGAUUCUGCCAUGUUUUAUUUCACAACAAAUAAACUCGGUUUCACUCCAGAGUUCUUGGGCCGUGUCAAACUUGUCACUUCAAUUGCGUCCCUUCUUGGUGUUGGGCUGUAUAAUGGUUUCUUAAAGAAUGUUCCACUGAGAAAGAUAUUCCUUGCAACAACUGUUAUCGGCACAACCCUUGGGAUGACCCAGGUGCUCCUUGUAACUGGAUUGAACCGGCAAUUAGGCAUUAGUGA